GGGGGGGUGUAGAAACAGCCAGAGUUCCAUUUUGGAACGUUCGCGCAGUGUCUCCGCGUUCCAAACCCGUGUCUCCGCGUUCCAAAGCCCCGGUGCAAGGAAAAGACUUUACCAAACGCUGUGAGUGAGAGAGGAAAACUCCUCAGAUCUCUGACGCACUGGUGUCCCCAGAGUCAAAUCGUAGAAGAUUCCCAGGAUGUAAGCAAUACAGCACCAAUAUAAUGCGGUCUGAUGGUGUUUAAUGAAUGAAGUGGAAGGAAUCAUUUUCUGAGCUGAAAUCCUUCUGAAAACGUAAACACAAGACUUGAACGUUUGAAGGAAGCCAAAGCCAUUUCAAAAGCAAAGUCCUUCUGGAUCAUUCCCCACAUUUUACUGCACCCCCCAAAAAAUAUUAAAUAAGACAUUGCACACCAGACAGUAUGGCGAGCAAGAGAAAAUCAACAACUCCGUGUAUGGUCCGGACAUCUCAAGUAGUGGAACAGGAAGUGGCCGAGGAUGUUGACAGAGGCAAAGAUAAAGAAGCUGGGGCUCCCCAGCCUGACUCUAGUAAAGAUGGUUGGACCGCUGAGCCUGAGAGCUCUUCCAAAGAAAGCGAAUUGAUGGAGGUGAAGUCGGCAGUGGAUAACCAAUCCAAAAAACUCCAGGGGGGAUAUGAAUGUAAAUACUGCCCAUACUCUACACAAAACCUGAACGAGUUUACAGAGCAUGUGGACAUGCAGCAUCCCAACGUGAUCCUCAACCCACUCUAUGUGUGUGCAGAAUGUAACUUCACCACCAAAAAGUAUGACUCCUUGUCCGACCACAAUGCCAAGUUCCACCCUGGGGAGGCAAACUUUAAGCUGAAGUUGAUUAAACGCAAUAACCAAACUGUUUUAGAACAGUCCAUAGAAGGAGCCAACCACGGCGUGACCGUCAGUGGUGGCAACCUGGGGAGCAGCGACAGCGACCCUGGGAUCUCUAUGAGUAAGACGCCUAUCAUGAAACUGGGGAAACCCAAAGUUGAUGCCAAGAAGGCACCCAGGAAACCAGAAGAAAGUGGUUCUGAUAACCACGUGGAAGGGAACGCCACCGCCCGGGUGGUGACGGAGGCUGCUGAGGCCUUUGCAAGGUUUAAUGGCAUCGAACUGCUCCAAGACUCACUAGGGCACGUGAUGCCUUCUGUACAGCUACCACCAAAUAUUAAUCUUGUCCCCAAGGUCCCCGUUCCAUUAAAUAGUACCAAAUAUAACUGUGCCCUGGACACCAAUGCCACCAUGAUUAACUCCUUCAACAAGUUCCCUUACCCAACCCAAGCAGAACUGUCAUGGUUAACAGCUGCCUCCAAGCAUCCCGAGGAGCACAUCAGAAUCUGGUUUGCCACCCAGCGCUUGAAGCAUGGCAUAAGCUGGUCCCCAGAAGAGGUAGAGGAGGCGAGGAAGAAGAUGUUUAAUGGGACGAUCCAGUCAGUCCCCCAGACGAUCACUGUGUUGCCGGCACAGUUGGCAUCCACCAAGAUGUCUCAGCCCAUCAUCCAGACUGCUUUACCUUGCCAGAUCCUUGGCCAGACCGGCCUUGUUUUGACCCAAGUGACUAAUGGAUCGACGGUUUCGUGCUCCCCGAUCACGCUUGCUGUUGCUGGGGUGACCAAUCACGGCCAGAAGAGACCUUUACCAAGUCUCCAAGCGGCUCCAGAGCCCAAACGGGCCCACGUGGCCCAGGUUCCUGAGCCCCCACCAAAGGUAACCCCCACCGCACUGCCCACGACAAAUGAUCGGAAAAAGACAAAAGAACAGAUAGCUGAGCUGAAGGCAAGCUUCCUCCAGAGUCAGUUCCCUGAUGACGCAGAAGUCUACCGGCUCAUCGAGGUCACCGGCCUCGCCAGGAGCGAAAUCAAGAAAUGGUUCAGCGAUCACAGAUACCGGAGCCAAAGGGGCAUCGUCCACAUCACCAGCGAGUCCCUUGCCAAAGACCAGUUGGCCAUCGCAGCUGCCCGGCAUGGACGUUCCUACCAUGCGUAUCCAGACUUUGCCCCGCAAAAAUUCAAAGAAAAAACACAAGGUCAGCUUAAAGUUCUGGAAGAUAGUUUCAUGAAAAGCUCUUUCCCCACCCAAGGAGAACUAGAUCGGCUCAGAUCAGAAACCAAGCUGAGCAGAAGAGAAAUUGAUGCCUGGUUUUCAGAUAGAAGAAAGCUUAGGGAUAGCAUGGAGCAAGCCGUAUUAGACUCAAUGGGAUCCAACAAAAAGAGCAAAGAAGUAGUGGUCCCCAAUGGUACUUUAUCUCGGCUGGACCAGCUCUCUAGCGCCCAACUGGCCGGUUCUCUCUCCAGCCCCUCCCCGGCAAUGAUGAAGAACCAGGAACAAAUUCACCUCCUGAAGAGUACGUUUGCAAGAACCCAGUGGCCUACCCCACAGGAGUACGACCAGUUAGCAGCAAAAACUGGUCUGGUCAGAACUGAAAUUGUGCGUUGGUUCAAAGAGAACAGAUGUUCAUUAAAGACUGGAACCUUAAAGUGGAUUGACCAGUACCAACAGCAGCAUGCUGUGGAUGGCCACAGUAACGAGUCCGUCCUGAGAAAGGGAACACCGCACCUCGCUGAAAACCCCAAAAAUGGGGGUGAGCUGGUUCAGCAAUAUUUCAAGGACCACAAAAAGCUGAGCGAAGAGGAUUUGGACAAACUGGUGACCAGGGCAAAAGUGGGUUGCGAAAAGACCAAAGACUCCUUGCCGGGCAAGACAACAGAGGCCGCUUCGGACAGAUCUGAAGAGAAACCAGUCAAACCUACGAUCCCAAUUGUUAGUGGGGCUCUCUCUGUGACAAGAGCAGAGAACUUCACUCUUCCUGCCUUUGGACAAGAUCACCAAGGACCACUGACUCCAAGUUGAGCUGCUCUGGGGUCUGCCUGUCCAUGGGCUCUACCCCCAAGGAGCACUCAUCAUCGGAUGGAAUUGUUCAUAGUGCCAAAGUCCUACUACUGCAUUUUCAAAGGGUCCUUGUAAAUAGAUUGCUCCUCCCUUCCCCCACCCCCUACUUAUGCCCCCAACCUCUUGCGAUACUGGAAUUGAUUUGUACAACGUGGCCAUUUUGUUACCUUUUUAAAUCGGCUUGAGUUGCUUUUACAGAUCAUACGCUUGCAAGGUUUUUUGGGGGAGGCUGGUAAUGUGUGUUUUGUUUUAUUUUUUGCUUUUUUCCUCUUUUUUUCUUGGUUUUUGUUUUUUAGAAUUAGCAACCACUAUAUCUGCAUCUGGGUUUUGGAGGGAUUCUCAUGAUUUUGUUUCAUUUUUUAGACCUAGUAUGGAAUAGGGUGGGCAGAUUUUCCAAUGGGGUGUGCAGAGAAAUCUCCUUUAGUUUACCCCAGAGGUGGCUUAUAAUCAGAGCAGCCUCAAACCCAGUCCUUAGCCCCCUUUCCUUCCCAGCUGUUUGCAUGGGAUUCCCUGCUGUAAGCUCUCCAUAGAAGGCUUUCUGCACUGCUGGGAGCGGGGGCUGAUUGCCUAACUACUGUAUGUCCCCAGCCACGCUCUUGCCUCAGCGACCAUCCCAAGAGCUGCAUGGCAUGCACCUGUCCUUUUUAAGCACCUUUUUAUAUAAAAAGAGGAAGGGCUCCAGUGUUUCUUAGGAUUUUUUUUACUAAGAUGGAAUUCAUCAAAUCUGAUUGGUACCAAAAUGAACUGGAAGAAGGGCUCUGAUGGUUUUUAGGAAUUUUUUUUCAAAGAUGGAAUUCAUUAUACCUGGAUGAUACCAAGAUGAAAUGGAAGAAAAAUCUCCAUUGUUUUUUAGGAAUUUUUUUUCUAAGAUGGAAUUUAUACCUGGAUGGUACCAAGAUGAACUGUUUGGGGUCUUGUUUUUUUUUCUUAACUGCCUUUUUGUGGGUGUGAUAAUUGACAAGAUCUCUGUAUAAGCCUUCACCGUUUAUUAUUCUUUUUUUUUUAAGCAAUUUUAGAUCCCUGAGUGCACUUUUUUCAAAUGCCCCUAACUUGGAAAAAUAAGAUGAAAGAUAUCUGAUGUAAAUGUUGCAAUAUGAAUAGUUGUGUUGGCAAACUUCCCCCCGACCCCCACCCCCUACUUCAGCACACCGCACAAAUCAGACCGUCUAGGGAGUGUGGAUAAAACCAACUUUUAUAACUUGUUGCUCAUUUGUUGUAACUCAAUAAAACAA